GAUUUGCGCGGUUCUAAAUGCACUAAUGAUGAAUGGACCGAAUAUUGUCAGAUCGAACAAAUGAAACUCCUGUUAGUAUAUACUGGACAAAGAAAGAAGAAUAUAGGAAACUAUAACCAUAUAGGAAUGGAGAGACAUUGGAAAUUUUCAUGUACCG